CUCCUCUUUUUCAGUAAUAUUGUGCAGCAGCUGUGACCUUUGCUGUAGCGUUAUUGUGUAUUUGUGCUGUGACAGCUUUAGAGCCGAUGUGUUGUGAAGAAUUCUCACCUCUGCAAGUACAAGUGUGUUUUGCUGGAAAUGGAUCCGGUGUGUGUGUUUGUGUGUGUGUGGUGUUCGGCAGUAUUUGCAGUUGGACACAGGAGCAGACACUGCGCGUGCAUGUGUGUUUAGGUGUGUGUUUACCGUUUAGUGUCCAGCCCUUUUUGCUUUCAGAGAUUCGUGUGUGAGAGUUCUUCCUCCGGAUAGAACUGCCAAUGAUGGGACAGAUGUCACAGUGAUUGUUUUAGUGUAAAUAGAAGUGUAGUGUACUGUAGUAGUAUAUGCAUGCGUAUAGCUGCGCUCAGGUCAGACGGUAAGUGAAAACACAAAGCAUCAUGAGGUCAGAGUGGGAUUCAGACUCUGAUGACUGCGACUGGGGCGACAGUGAGGAAGAGGACAAUCAGCAAACUCUGAGGGAGGAUAUCAGAACAGCUAAUGUCAUCGCAGCAGAGUCUGUCACCUGCCUUGUGAUUGACAGAGACUCAUACAAACACCUGAUUGGAGGUCUGGAAGAUGUGUCCAACAAAGGCAGUGAAGACGCAGAGGCAGACGCAAAAUACGAGGCAGAGAAUGCAUUCUUCUCCAACUUAAACCUGUCUGACUUCAACAUCAUCGACACUCUUGGCGUUGGAGGAUUUGGCCGUGUUGAGCUGGUGCAGCUCAAGAGCGAUGAGAUGAAGACAUUUGCGAUGAAGAUCCUAAAGAAGCGCCACAUUGUGGACACGAGACAGCAGGAGCACAUCCGCUCUGAGAAACUGAUCAUGCAGGAGGCACAUUCAGACUUUAUAGUCAGACUCUAUAGGACAUUUAAGGACAGUAAGUACCUGUAUAUGCUGAUGGAGGUGUGUUUAGGUGGAGAACUGUGGACUAUUCUCAGAGACAGGUGA